AUGAGUUUUAAAGGGUUUACCAAGGCUGUUAGUAGGGCUCCUCAGUCCUUCCGUCAAAAGUUCAAGAUGGGUGAGCAGACAGAGGAUCCUGUUUACGAGGAUGCAGAACGUCGUUUUCAAGAAUUGGAGCAGGAGACAAAAAAAUUAAGUGAGGAAUCGAAGAGAUACUCGACUGCGGUGAAUGGAAUGCUGACACACCAAAUUGGAUUUGCCAAAUCCAUGGAGGAAAUUUUCAAACCUAUCAGUGGUAAAAUGAGUGACCCUAACGCUACCAUACCAGAGGACAACCCACAAGGUAUUGAAGCAAGUGAACAGUAUAGGGCAAUUGUCGCAGAAUUACAGGAAACAUUGAAACCGGAUCUGGCUUUGGUGGAAGAAAAAAUUGUUACGCCAUGCCAGGAACUGUUGAAGAUUAUUACUUAUAUUCGUAAAAUGGCCACCAAGAGAAAUCACAAAAAAUUAGAUUUAGAUAGACAUCUAAACACUUAUAACAAGCAUGAAAAGAAGAAGGAACCAACCGCCAAAGACGAAGAAAGAUUGUAUAAAGCACAAGCUCAAGUGGAAGUGGCUCAACAAGAAUAUGAUUACUAUAACGACUUGCUAAAGACUCAAUUACCAAUACUGUUCAGUUUGGAAGCUGAAUUUGUGAAACCAUUAUUUGUCUCAUUUUAUUUCAUGCAAUUGAACAUUUUUUACACUUUGUAUAAUAGACUUCAAGACAUGAAGAUUCCAUAUUUUGAUUUGAACAGUGACAUUGUAGAGUCGUACAUUGCCAAGAAAGGCAAUGUGGAAGAACAAACGGACGCCUUGACUAUUACACACUUUAAACUCGGUUACUCUAAGGCAAAAUUGGAGAUGACCAGAAGGAAGUAUGGUGUAGCAACCGCCGAAGGCUCACCCGUCAGUGGCGCAUCAAGCGGUGUCGGAUAUGGUGCUGGGUAUGAUCCAGCAACUGCCACUUCUCCAACCCCUACAGGAUACGGUUAUGGUGCCGCAGCACCAAGUUACGCCGCUCAACCUGCUGCCCAGUAUGGUACUGCUGCCGCCGUUGGUACUGCUGCUGCUGUUGGUACUGCUGCUGGUGCUGCUGCUGGCGCUGUUCCGGGUACUUAUCCACAGUAUGCUGCUGCGCAAUCUCCACCGCUCACUGGGCUAGGCUUCCAACAAUCACCACAGCAGCAACAGGGACCACCACCGGCCUACUCUAAUCCUCUAACAUCACCUGUUGCGGGCACACCAGCCGCGGCCGUAGCGGCAGCUCCUGGCGUUGAAACUGUUACCGCAUUGUAUGACUACCAAGCUCAAGCUGCUGGUGAUUUGUCUUUCCCUGCCGGCGCAGUUAUAGAAAUUGUCCAGCGUACUCCGGACGUGAACGAAUGGUGGACAGGAAGAUACAAUGGCCAGCAAGGUGUGUUUCCUGGGAACUACGUGCAACUCAACAAGAACUAG